AUGGGAGGACUUGGCAAAACUACUCUAGUGAAAAGAGUCCAUGAGGAUCCUGAAGUCAGAAAGCAUUUCCCAGUUCGUACUUGGGUAACUGUCUCUCAAACAUGUGACUUUCAGUACCUCUUGAAAGACUUGAUUCGGCAGUUACACGAGGAAGGGAAGAAACUAGUCCCACAAUCGAUCGAAUCUAUGACUACUACUGAGCUGAAAAAAUUUGUCAAAGAUUUUUUUCAACAAGCUGGAAGGUAUGCAAUUUUUUUUGAUGAUGUAUGGGACGUGGAAUUUUGGAAUACCAUCAAAUUUGCACUGCCUGAGAGUAGCCACGGCAACCGUGUCAUGCUAACAACUCGAAAAGCUGAUGUAGCCUCUGCCUCUUACAUUGAAUCUCGGGGUCUUGUCUACAGAAUGGAGCCACUAUCUAUUGGGGAUUCAUGGACCCUGUUUUGCAACAAGAUCUUUAAUGCCCUAGCCAUUUGA